UGUUGUCCUUUUUUCAUGCCCUGGUCCCAUUCCAUGCCAAGGUGCCGCACACUCAUACAACGAGGGGUGACCGCCCCCAUUCUCCGAAAAAAGCAAGCAAUUUUGGCUGCAGUUUCAUCGUAAAGUUCGACAACUUUGGAAAACUCCGGGUAGUUUGGUGCCAGUUAGCCACGAACUUAGUACAGGUAGAGACGAGUUUUAAUUUUUGUCUCACCCGGUGUUUUUUUUUUUCAAAAAAAAAGGGGAUAACUGAAGUCUUUCACAGUUUCGGUCUCACAGGCUCAGGCUCACGACUGAAAAAAAGGACUAUCAUCAACAUCAUCAUCGUCGUCAUACCACCAGCGUAGAAGUGUAGUAGUACAUCAAGAAUAAGUUUAUACUAAGAAUAAGAACAAGAAUAACGGGCAAGAACUGAAGAAGAAGUGUUAGAAGAAAGUUGUCGACUACUUUGCGAACAAGUGCCAGCCAAACAGGCCAACCCGCCCUUGGAAACCGCACGCCACUGCCUGCGACUUGGGAAAAACCCAGUUCAAUCUUGGUGAAAAGUUGGCUCAGAAAAGUUUCGCGAUUUAUUUCAAAGUUUUCGCCUUUGCCUACUAUAAAUGAUGAGUAAAAUAUUGGAAACUUUGUUUUCAAAAGUUUUCUUCAAAUCGGUGUUUUCCGCGAAACUGGCUAGUGACGACCAUUGAUUUCCGUAAAGUUUUUCAACGGUGUGUAUUUUGAAAGUGUGAAAAUAACGUGCCCCGAUCUUCAAAUUGUUGUUAGGUGCUUGUUGUUGUUAUUUUGACCUUAAUCGGUGGUCAAAGAUGUACUCAAAAAAUGGGAAAAUUUGCUAUUGUUGUUAAAUAAUGAGUUUGGGCUCGUCCAAUAUAUCCUUUUACUGUCUCCUGUUCCAUCUUAGAUUUACUUUUGACUUUUGAGUUUGGUUUUCCUUUUUCCGAAUUUUUUAACGUAUAAUUUUGGGCAGCUCUAAAUCUAAUCUACUUGGAUUUAAUAGAAGAAGUGGGAGUGAAAAUAUAGUCAGUGUCAAGUGCUCACUCACGAAACGUAUCCAUGUGUCCAGAGGGAGAGGGAUCUUGUAUUAUCCAGGUCCUGUCGAAAAUUUGUGUAAUUUUAGCAAGAAAGUUGAUGUGUCUCGUCUAGUUCAUCGCGAUAGAAUCCAGGAAGGAGGCCAUGAAGUUUUUGACCCAAGGUUCUCGAAAACAUUUGAGUGUUACAUACGCAAUAGGGGUAGUAGCUACCCUCAGCCAUGAACUACGAAGUGGGUUUUGAAUGAAUAGUGGGUGUCGUUUUAUAGUAAAAUUUCGAGUGUAUUGAAAACUCUAGUGAUUGACGUUGGUGAUUUGUGGGAAAGCCAUAGGUUCGUUUUUCAACUCCAUGGGAACCUAAGGGUGUAAGGGGAUUUGUCACUAUUGCGAGAUAACCAGAAACUUCUCCCUAAAUAUUCAUAGAAAAUGGCACUGACGAAGAGACCACUGGCUAAGGAGUCUAGCUUCGAGAAUACACUGAAAAAUGAGGAUCAAGAAGUGGCCUUCAAGCGAAAGAAACGCUCUAGUAGGGACGAAGACUUUUCCAAACUGGACGAUAAAACCAAUGCACUUCAGAAGAAAUACAAUCUAUCACCGUCGAACAAUUGCAAUCCAAAUGGGCGAAUAGGUCAAAAUUCAAAUAAAUUGAACAAUAAUGACGAGCAGGAUGACGAAACUCUGAUUCGUGAAACCCAUGCGGCAUUGAAGAGUCUGUCAGGAAGUUGGUCGGACGCUCGCAGUUCAUUUUAUCGUUUGAACGAACAAGAGGAAAAUCCACCUCCGUUUCAGAACCUGUUCGAGGAGAAGAACAAACCGAUUCCUCCAUCGUCAGCGGCUAGUAGUCAGUAUGGUAAGAAUCUAAUGAAUUUCAAGCGUGAACCGGAUUAUUUUAUGUAUUCGAGUCAAAAGCAGAACGAUUCAAUGCGACUCAACUUCCAAACGAAAAUUUCAGAGUAUGCCGACUUGAAAUCGACCGAUUCGAAUCAAUCGGAAGACGGACGAAAGAAAUUCGAAUCCGUAGGAAUUGGAAAAACUCCCUUCUCACAGUCAUCUGCCUUUAAGCCCCCCACAGAUAUUAAACGCAACGGAACAAUCGGCGGAUAUCCUUCAAGUCUGAAUCCUUACACAGCUGAAUCCGCUUUCAUGAACUAUCCACCGCCUCCCGUUCAACCUGGCCCGGCGCUUAGUUUGGGUGGUAGCACUCUUGCAUCAAGCGAUUUAAUCAGCUCGAAAACGCUUAAGGACGAUGAUGACAGCGUAAAAACCAUCGAAACACCUGACUCGAAACAAUAUACGAUCCUUCAACCCGCCGGUGUUGGAAGCAGGGCAGCAUCUGUUAUGCAGGAUAUCGCUCGCGAGGGUGUCGUCUCGGUAUCAGCGGUUAGCAGUAGCAGUAGUUCAAACGUAAAUGGUAAUAGUCCUGGUGGGAGUGUAGCAGGCGGAAGUAUCGUCGGUGGAGUGGUUUCGUCAACGACACCAAAUGACAAAAUUCAAUUUGAUCAUCAUCAUCAUACGCAACAACCAUCGUUCUCACCUGGUAGCUUGAAUCGAGAUGGAAGCAAGUGCCCUACACCUGGUUGUGUUGGACAAGGUCAUGUAACGGGACUUUAUUCGCAUCAUAGAAGUCUAUCGGGAUGCCCCAAGAAGGAUAAAGUAACACCUGAAUCUCUUAGUAACCAGAUCCUGUUGACUGACAUCCGUAACCAAACUCCGGGGGUACAAAAGGCGGAUAUAAAAUCCUUGUAUUCUCUAGGCUCAUCGAGUAACGAACCAUUGAUGUCUUUAAAUUCUAGAGACGAGAUUCGUUUGAAAACCGAAAGAGAUACUUCCGAUAAGUCCAGUCGAGUUGACUUGAAUGACACAUCGUCAAAAUUGAAUCAUAACUCGUUUAUUAAUAACAAUAGCAACAAUAACAAUUCUUCAAAUUGUCUUAAUAAUAAUAAUAGUAAUAACACCAACAACAAUAGCAAAUGUUCUAAUAAUGCGCUUAGUUUGAAUAGUAACACAAGUAGCAACAAUUUGACUAGUAUCAGUAGUAGUAAUAACAACAAUAAUAGCAACAACAACAAUAUUCCCUUAAUUAAGACCGAGCUUAGCCAAACGACGAUUAAAUCAGAAAUAAAUUAUCCAAAAAGUCCGACAAAUAUCGCGGCAACUCCCCAGCAACAUCAAACAUAUUUAAACAGUGAAUCAAGUCAGAACUCUUUCACUGCAACGACUGAAUCAAAUCAAUCGAAAAGUAGCAGUUUGGCAAACGGUGGUGGUGGUGGUGGUGGCGGACAACCCCCGCCCUCGUCAUCUCAUACGACGAAUGGUGACUCAUUACAUUCGUCUCAUUUAUCGAAUCAACAACGGACAAAUGACAUGCUCCGAGGCCCGAAUCCACAGAUGCCACUUCCAGGUGGGGCUCAGGAGAUGAACGGCUUCGUCAGUCUUCCCAUGAAUGAUUCUGGCAAUACACAGGAAGCACAACAGCAUCCGCGAAAUACUUUUGAAACGUCGAACGGCCUGAUGAUGGGUGGUGCCACACAUAUGAACAUCGAUGAUCCCUAUCGGGAUCAUCAGAUGCGGUAUGCCCAAAUGGGCGAUAUUGGUACCAUUACGAAACCGACUGUUUCCUAUAACAGUGACAUGUUGACAAACCGAUCCUCCUAUGAAACAUCAAUCAAUACUUCCUCCAAUCGACCCUCUGCCUAUGAUCCUAAUUCUAAUACUACUUCCACUCCUAUUUCGACGGCUUUCGAGCGUUACGAUCCCAAUUGCGUGUCGCAAAGGACCAACAUGUACUCCUACCUGCAGUCAGCUUCUAUGGACGACAUUUCUAGCCAACAGAAGUACUUACAGGAACAACAACAAAUGGUGCAUGCUGGCGUACUCAAGACUGAGCAUGAUGAGAACAAUGGCCCUAUCUAUCCUCGCCCUAUGUACCAUUAUGAUCCUACGGUAGGACCACUUCCACCAGGAUUCUCGGCAAUAAAUCUUUCUGUUAAGGUGGCAGCAGCCCAGGCUGCUUUCAAGGGAGGAUCUCCCUCUCCUAAUGGACCUGUAAUAGAUCUUUCCACCUCGAGCGUAACAUCAUCAAGUCCACAUGGUUUCAAUUCACCCCAUUAUAGUCAACGAAUGGCCGGCAGCCCGCAACCUGGAUCCAGUCCUCAUUUAGCCAGUCCUCAAGUGCCAAGCCCACAAGGGCAGACGUUGGAUCUAAGUGUGACGCGAUUACCACACAGGUAUCCACAGUAUGGUGCACAUCCUGACGGAUUAACUGGUCAUCCACAUGGUUUCCCAGGUGGGCCGAGGUCACCACAAACAGAGCCUGUCGAUUUCAGUGGACCUCCGAGACCUUUAGGUUUUGGCUUAGUAGGACAUAUCGGGGGACCUGGACCUUAUAGUAGAGAGUCAACACCGGAUAGUGGUGGAUCACAUUAUAUCGACAGCUACAGAGAUCCCAGCGGUUACAGUCCCCAUCCUGGCUAUGGAAUGGUGGUUCAAUCCGAUUAUCCCCCGGCCGGCUAUCAUGGCUAUGGUCCAACAGCAUAUCAGUGUAGUAAUCCGUAUGCAACUGCGGUUGGUCCUGGCGGAUAUCCGACACCCGUUUCCGGUGGUUAUUCUCCUAGUCCGGCCUCAUGUUAUGCCAUGCCUCCACCCCAACACAUCCCGCAACACGAUAAGACAAAGGACAGCUUGACAGGUUGUACGCGCAGCGAUCGAACCCACCUCCAAUCGCAUUCACAGGAAUUGAAAUGUCCGACACCUGGUUGUGAUGGUUCCGGUCAUGUGACGGGUAACUACUCAUCACAUCGCAGCUUAUCGGGUUGUCCACGUGCGAAUAAGCCCAAAAGUAAACCGAGGGAUGGACAAGAUUCAGAGCCAUUGAGGUGUCCGAUUCCAGGAUGUGAUGGAUCUGGACAUUCAACAGGAAAAUUUUUGUCGCAUAGAAGCGCAUCUGGUUGCCCGAUAGCGAAUCGAAAUAAAAUGCGCGUCCUGGAGAAUGGAGGAACUGUCGAGCAACACAAGGCAGCAGUCGCAGCAGCUACAGCCAUGAAAUUCGAUGGAGUCAAUUGUCCAACACCAGGAUGUGAUGGAACUGGACAUAUAAACGGGACAUUUCUAACGCAUCGUUCACUUUCAGGAUGUCCAACUGCUGCUCAAGGCAUCAAGAAACCCAAAUUCGAUGAAGUCACCAUGGUCUACCCGAAAGGAUAUACGGGUAUGGAAAUGAUAAUGAAUGCAGCGAAUGGUGGAAAUACGUCACAAACUACAACAUCAGCACCCAAUCAAACAACGAAUGUUUCGUCGAUAAAUGGACCAUCUGGAACUCAAACCAAUCCCACAGGACAGGACACCCCACAAAGUAAUGAAGAUUUAACCACAUUGGAAGCUGAAAUUUCAGAGUUGCAACGUGAGAAUGCGCGAGUUGAAUCACAGAUGUUACGUUUGAAAUCUGACAUAAACGCGAUGGAAUCACAAUUACAAAAUGGUGAACGGGAGAAUCCACUAAAUAUCCAAAGAGCCACGACGACAAGCAAUUUGAAUAACUAUUACGAGAGCCUUAGAAAUAAUGUAAUUACUCUGCUGGAGCAUGUUCGAAUCCCAACUGCCUCGGGUCCUCCACCACCACCGCCAUCCAUUGGACUAUGCGGCAACAGUGGCCCGUCCGCAGCAACUAAGGACAACAUUCAACACCACUCCAGCCCAGCAGCGGCGUCAAGUACAACAGGUCGCCCAGCCCAUCAUAAUUCAGGUGGAAUGCACCAGCCGCCCCCUCCAGGAGUCUCCAAUGGAAACGAGAAAAUUUGCCACGAACAUUUCGACAGCUACAUUUCAAAGUUACAGUCAUUGUGCGGAGCUCCCGAAGGAUAUGCCACCGAAGAAAACCGUCCCGUUUACGAGACCGUCAAAUCAACCUUACAAGAUUAUCCCAUGCUUCCCACUGCAAUCUAAAUAUUAUUUUGGAACAUUUAGACAUCGAUGGGCUUUCAUGUCAAAGUAAUUCCACCGCGAAUUCGGUGAUGUUGAUUUUGUGAGGGUUCCCUUCACCGUCUGCGAUUUCCGGACUGCAAACCUGUCCAAUUUGUUCCUGGUGCUAGAAUUUGACAAACCAGCAUCCAGUAGGGAAUGGUCAACUUUCUACAAUACUCACCGAAAAGUGUUCUAAAGUUUACGGACUCUCUUAGAUUCCAUGACACGUAGCAGGUUCCACUUCUUCAAGGAUGUUAGCGGCGAACCCUUUUAAUGUCUGAUGAAGGGAAACUGCCGACUAUUCCCUCUGGUUACUGAUUCCAAUCGGAUUUCAUGAAGAAUCGCAAGGUCCUACUGUAAUUAUUCCAAAGAUAAUUUCAGUAUCUAUCGACCAAUUAAAAGGACAUUCAGAUACAAGAAAAAUUAGACAAAAUAACGCAUUUACAAGGACUACAAGACAAGUGGAUGUGUAAAAGAUAUAUGAGACGUAAAUUGUGUAUAAAAAGUGUUAAAAGUUAAGUAAAAUUUGAGAUCCCAAUCGAAUUACAGGUAAAUAAGAAUAAAAUGUAGUAAAUAAUUCGGAAUAUAUAAGAGAAUUUCUCUAGUGUGUAAAAUAUAGAAAAUAUAACUAAAUUAGAAUCUUAAUUGUAAAGAUGGUCAAUUAGCAGUUAAAUGAUCAAUAAAGUAAUUGACGGUUCACGUGAAAUAGGGAGUCAAGAAUGGACCCAUGUCAGAAGCAUGAUCAACCUACGGAACAGAUAUUCAAAUUAUUGUUAGAUACUUAAUAACAAAUAAAAGUAAGAAAGUAUCCAAACGGAUCCCAGUAUACACAACCUAAACCUUAAAUCAUAAACAAUUUGAUUUGAUUGUAGCUGUUUUUAUUGCACGAAUCCAUUCGACGUUUUUACGUAUCAUCCAUUCGUUUUAGAAGGUUUUAAGGGAAGCCCUCCAGUUCGGGGGUGGAUCAGGAACAAAGUCAAGAGAAUUGAAAGUGUCAGUCAAUGUGCUAUACAAAAACUUUGAAAGUAACCGCAACAAGGAGUUAUAAAAUAGUAAUGUAUCAUAUAUGAAAUGUAUGGAUAAAUAUAAUCUGAUAUAUAUGGGAAUUUCGGUAUACUAUAAACUAAAUAAAAUUGUAAUUCGAAUUUAAUAAAAUGAAACAAGUAUUCACGAUAAAAUUUAAGGGAAGAGAUGAAAUACUAUCCGUAAUUGUGAUUAAGUUCUUACGUAGCUCAUCUUCUUUGUAGUUUUGUUCGUAUUCUAUUUUUAUUGUUUCGUUGGUAUCCGGAGUUUUGUUAAACUUCUUUCUGCUUUCAGUAUCCUGUUGCAUAUAUAUGUUUUCUUGUUAAUCAUGCGCAGAAAUUGUGACCAUUACACAACAUUUUGCGCGUCAGUGGGAUGUAAAGUGAAUAUUGUUGGAUUUAUUUUUCUUUGUUCAGUUCAUGUGAUUAUUUAUGUUGUCAACUAUUGUAUAAUCUUAUAGAAUGAUAAUCGAUAAGCUAACUUUACAAGGAAAUGAAAAACAAGAAAAUAAA